GGAUGUUGUUACAAACCAGUAUAAUUUUGAAAGAGACCAGUGUUAGCAACAGUAAACUACAGAAUACAUGUCCUUUUCAAAAAUUUGAAUUAUCGAUUUAGUAUCUCCAGCUUCAUAAUACUCUCAGUAGAUAUGACCUUUCAAGUUUUAAUGGAUAUUAGUGGAAAAUUAAAUAAAAAGAACUUUGGCGUUGAAAGAUAUCAUAGUGGACCAAGUGGCUAUUCUGAUUCAAGACAUUCGGCUUAUAGAACAUCAAAGGCUGGUGGUAAAGGUUAUGGAGCCGCUCUAAGUGCCUUAGCACUGCUUGCUUUUUUAUUUCUUCUCAAUAUAAUGCAGCAAUCGUUACAAGAUACCAAUUCAACAACAACAACUACUACCGCAAUGACUGUUAUUUUACGAGAUCAAGAGCAGGCAACAAUCAUUGAGGAGAAAUAAUAAUAAUAAAUAUAUAUAAAUAAUAAAUAUAAAAGAAGAUUAAUACAAUAAACGUAUAAACUCAAAAAUAUUUAUUAAAGAUUGACCAACAUUUAUAAGUAGCAGGCGACUAUUCAAUA